GAGGCCGUCCCCCUAAACCAGGAGGCCGUCCCCCUAAACCAGGAGGCCGUCCCCCUAAACCAGGAGGCCGUCCCCCUCCCCCUAAACCAGGUGGCCGUCCCCCUAAACCAGGAGGCCGUCCCCCUAAACCAGGAGGCCGUCCCCCUAAACCAGGAGGCCGUCCCCCUAAACCAGGAGGCCGUCCCCCUAAACCAGGAGGCCGUCCCCCUAAACCAGGAGGCCGUCCCCCUAAACCAGGAGGCCGUCCCCCUAAACCAGGAGGCCGUCCCCCUAAAUCAAGAGGCCGUCCCCCUAAACCAGGAGGCCGUCCCCCUAAAUCAAGAGGCCGUCCCCCUAAACCAGGAGGCCGUCCCCCUAAACCAAGAGCCCGUCCCCCUAAACCAGGAGGCCGUCCCCCUAAACCAGGAGGCCGUCCCCCUAAACCAGGAGGCCGUCCCCCUAAACCAGGAGGCCGUCCCCCUAAACCAGGAGGCCGUCCCCUAAACCAGGAGGCCAUCCCCCUAAACCAGGAGGCCGUCCCCCUAAACCAGGAGGCCGUCCCCCUAAACCAGGAGGCCGUCCCCCUAAACCAGGAGGCCAUCCCCCUAAACCAGGAGGCCGUCCCCCUAAACCAGGAGGCCGUCCCCCAAAACCAGGAGGCCUACUAA